UGGUUCGCUCAGUCACAUUAGGAAAAAUCUUAAAUCACAUACACAUGAAAAAAUCACUUUCGUUAUAAUAAAAACCCGACAAAAAAACUUUAGGACGCAGCUAAAUUCUCAAUUGCAGUUUUAACCAAAAUCAAAAUCAAAGAUAGUCUAGUCCCAACACACACCACCCCUUCUGUUCUCCAGCAGAUAGCAGAUUGCAGCAUCUUACCAGUAUGUCUUACCAGAUCAAAUCGACGCCGUAUUUCCGCCGCAUGUACAACAACAGCAAGCGGAAUGGCCAGCUGCAGCGUUUGAGGGAGGAGUACGAGCGGAUACAGGAGUUUAACGAUCGCACCAUCGAACUGAAGAUGCGCCAGGUGAGGCUGAAGCGGCUCUUCCGCGAAAUCGAGGAGAUCAAGGAGGGCCCCGCACCCAUGGCUGGCACUAGCACUGGUCUUGUCUCUGGUCCUGCCCCCUGCAACGCUGGAACCUCCUUUGCCACGUCCAGGGCGAUGCACCGACGCCGUCGACAGGAGCUGGUGGCACCAACGGUCGAGCAGCAGCAGUAUCUGCAGCGCCUGGACACGCUGGCCCGCGCCAAGGAGCUGGGCAAGGAGAUUUCGCGCCGCAAUGGCGAGCUGGCCGAGGCCGGUGUGGGCCACAGUCUGCGCAGCGAUCUGCGGCUGACCACCAAAAUGCAGGCGGCCGUCAAUGCGAAGCGCGCGGCAGCGGACAGACGGGAGCGGACCGCCAAGCGGAUCAGCUACGGCAAUGCCCAGUCCAAGCAGAAUCUGCAGCGCAUCGUCAGCAGCCGGCAGCGGCGUCUCUGUGGUGGUGGAUUCACUGGCACGGGCGUCGCCGCUGCUGGCUCGAUGGACUACUGCUCCUCUGGCAGCUCCGGCCAGCAGGGGCCAGUGGCGGCCAUCAACAUGUCACGGCUGCAGCGUCCGGAUCUGACCAAGAAGGCCAUGCUCAAGCAGCGUCUGAACUACGGCAACUCCCGCUCCUGCAGCAACAUGAGGCGUCAGGGACGCCAAAAGCAAGCCCAGGGCCAAUCCCACGGCCACGUGCAGGUGGCUGGGAAAUUGUCCAGCCAGCUGGAUCUCCUGCCCGACUCCGAAGAGGAGGGUGAUGAUGAGGAGCAGCAGGGGUUGGAGCUACAGAGCGAGUCAUCUGGUCACCGCCUGGACAUGGACCACUACACGCCCAGCAGCGGCAACAGCGCCGGCACCCCAGUGGAAGACCACGAGCCACCAACCACGUCAUUCAGAGAGCAGGAUGACUCCGAGACAGAAAUGUUCACGGCUCCUCUGGCGUCUACAUCCCAGGCAACAGUACAGAGCCCCAAGUGCCCCAGGCACGAACCCAUUCCGGCCCAGAAUGUGGCCAUGAGCCAGGAGGAUGCUGUGUCUAGCACUCAGGACAACAACAACUGGCGCCGCAUCUCCCUGACCCUGCCGUGGUUCAAGGCUUUCCCCAGAUUCCUGGAUGGCACCCUGCCAGUCUGCGCCACCGAGAGCAUCUCGUCCAGCAGCAGCUUCGAUGAUCUGGUCGCCCCCAACCCCACCCACUUGCCGCCGCAGCAUCAGGGAUUCCUCCUGCCGCCCUUCAGGUUCCGCAAAACAAACAACUAGAAGGUGCUGGACAGGAAAGAACGAGACGGGGCCACGCAGCGAUGAGGGACCAAAGCAAACAAACACACAGAAAUGAACAAAUAUCAAAUUUUAGUUGGAUUCCAGUACAAGACUGGACCCGUGACCGGAUCUGUGCUCAAGAUUCAGGUCCAGAUCCCACCGAAAGGAACACAGGCGUGGCGGCUACAAUUCUACUUUUUUGAACCCCGCUACGAGCGAGAGAGAGG